AUGGCACACUUGUGUGCAUACCUGAUAUUAGUACUGCUAACUCUUUCCCUGAACGAGCUACACAGCAUUGGAACGGACCAGUACUCAACCUGUACGCUUCAAGGAAAGUUUGACACCGCCAGCCUCUUUGAGGAUGGAGAUAUAGUUCUGGGUGGAUUGUUUCCUAUCCACUUCAGAGUAAUUUCUGAUUUUUCUUCGUUUGAGACUGAACCCAAGCCAUCUACGUGCACUGAUUUCAGCAGACGGGCAUUUCGCUGGGUGCAAGGAAUGAUUUUUGCCAUAAAGGAGAUAAACAAAAGACAAGACCUUCUUCCAAAUAUAACUCUAGGUUACAGAAUUAUGGACAGCUGUGACCAUACUGCUACUGCUCUGAAAAGUACCCUUAUUCUCGUUAAUGGACAAGAUGAAGUAGCCAGUAAUAAUUACAGCUGUGCUGGAGUGGGGCGCCUCGCCUCCCCAGUCAUCAUUGGAGAUGCUGGAUCAGCUAGAUCUGCAGCUGUCCUGAGAGCCAUAGGAGUCUUUAGGGUCCCUUUGGUCAGUUAUUUUUCUUCCUGCAGUUGUCUAAGUGAUAAAAGUGAGUUUCCGACAUUCAUGAGAACUAUUCCAAGUGAUAACUUCCAGAUAAAGGCAAUAGUUAAACUCGUAAAGCAUUUCAAAUGGAACUGGGUUGGGUCAAUUGGUACAAACACCGAUUACGCCCGCUUUGCACUACAGCUUUUUGCUGAAGAAGCUAGCAGACUAAAUGUCUGCCUUGCCUAUACCAAACUCUAUAAUCGUGAAUUCACCGAGGAAGACAUUCUCGAGGUGGUUGACGUCAUAAAAAGAUCUUCUGCCAAAGUAAUUCUGGGUUUUGUGGGUGAAGGCGAACUCAUACCUAUAUUAAACGAACUUAAGCGCCAGAAUAUUACAGACAUACAGUGGAUAACAAGUGAAGCCUGGUCAACAGCAACUGCACUAUGGACAGAAUACCAGGACAUGUUAAUUGGGAGUAUUGGAUUUGCAAUCCGCAAGGCAGAAAUCCCUGGUCUUAAAGAAUUUCUGGCGAGACUGCGAGUACAAGACGCAUAUAAUUUUCCCUUAACGGCAGAAUUGUGGGAAGAGAUUUUUGACUGCAACUUGAAUGGUUCAUUAAAUAUUCACCCGUUAUCGUCAAGAAAUCCGUGCACUGGAUUCGAGAGUCUAGAGAAAGUAAACGAUACAUAUGUAGAUGUCUCUCAACUAAGAGUCACCUAUAAUGUUUACAAGGCAGUUUAUCUUAUUGCCCAUGCACUUCACAGCAUUGGCUCAUGCGUAAACGGCAACGGUCCCUUCCCGAACAAGAUGUGUGGAGAUUUGCAAAACGUAGUUCCAUGGCAGCUUUUGCAUUACAUGAAAGGCGUGAGCUUUACUAUAUUGGGAGAGGAAGUGAGCUUUGAUGAAAACGGAGAUCCAAUUGCAUCAUAUGAUCUCGUGAACUGGCAUGCAGGUUCUGAUGGUUCGGUUCAGUUUGUGAAAGUUGGCCAUUAUGACGCAUCUUUGGGCAACGAAAACGAACUGGUUAUCGACGAUUCGCUCAUUCUUUGGCAUGGACGUCAGCAGGUCCCAAAAUCUGUGUGCAGUGAAAGUUGUUCUCCGGGUUCAAGAAAGGCUCCUAGAAAGGGAGAGCCUGCUUGUUGCUUUGAUUGUAUACCAUGUGCUGAUGGGGAGAUUAGCAAUCAAACAGAUUCUAUAAACUGCAUUACAUGUGCAGUGGAGGACUGGCCCAAUGAAUCAAGAGACAGAUGCCUCCCCAAAAAUGUAGAGUUCUUGUCCUACCUUGAUGUAAUGGGAAUAACGCUCACUGUGGUUUCAAUAUUUGGAGCCUGUGUUACCACUGCCAUUGCGGGGGUGUUCCUGGUCUUUAGAAAUACCCCUAUAGUCCGUGCAAACAAUAUGGAACUCAGUUUUCUUCUGUUGCUUUUCCUUGCUCUGUGCUUCCUGUGUGCUCUCGCAUUUAUUGGUGAACCAACAAACGGGUCUUGCAUGACCCGCCACACAGUGUUUGGAAUCAGUUUUGCUUUAUGUAUCUCUUGCAUUCUUGGAAAGACCGUGGUUGUUCUUAUAGCUUUCAGGGCAACCCUCCCUGGCAGUAAUGUCAUGAAAUGGUUUGGACCCAUCCAGCAAAGAGCAAGUGUUUUCGUCUGCACAGCAGUACAAAUUGUAAUUUGCAUCAUAUGGCUAACGACCAGCCCUCCAUACACUGUACAAAACACCAGGUACCAAAGUGGCAAGAUAAUCCUGGAAUGUGCAGUUGGGUCUGUCCUUGGGUUCUGGUGUGUGUUGGGAUACAUUGGAUUCUUAGCUUGUAUGUGCUUUGUUAUGGCAUUUUUAGCUAGGAAAUUACCAGACAAUUUCAAUGAAGCGAAGUUUAUUACUUUUAGCAUGCUUAUAUUUUUUGCAGUCUGGAUCACAUUUAUCCCAGCUUAUGUAAGCACUCCAGGAAAGUACACAGUAGCAGUUGAAGUCUUUGCUAUUCUAGCAUCUGCGUUCGGACUGCUUUUGUGCAUAUUUGCACCCAAAUGUUAUAUCAUCUUGUUAAAACCUGAAAAAAAUACUAAGAAGCAUUUGAUGGGUAGAGGCAAUCAAAAUACUAAGUAGGGAUGUGAAAACCAAGAGAUCUUGGUACAGUGGUGUGUUGUUUUUAUUUUAUCUGUAUCAAUUAUAAUUCAUACACUUUCCUU